UUCCGGAAGGAUUGUCAUCUCGGCCACAGGCAUUAUGGUGCAGCGCCAGGCUAUGGGUUUUCCACCAUUGAUGAGCAGGAACCACAAUAUUUCAUUCCAUUGACCGAUGAUCGUGCUGUCUCGAUCUCCGAGGUCUGCAAAUUGUCUCUACUUUUACUGCGGUGUCCUGACACGUUCGCGGGCACUGCAGUUGCCAGGUUGUCCGACUAUGUCUGCCCCGCUUCUAGUGCCCGACUUGAGUCUAGCUGCCCAUCUAAACGGAGAACGGGAUGUAAGCUGCUUUCCAGUGGCCUCGCGUCUCUCAUCGCAUUCUCAGAGUGCACAGGCCACAUUACCGUUGGAGUAUAUUACUGGCGAAAAUGGAACAUCAUCUAUCGGCUGGAACAUGCAGGACCACACCUCCGGUCAUGUUAUGGACCACAAUGCCACACCUUCCUUCCCGCGCACAAGUCUUCCACUACCCUAUAUUAUAGCACAGUCGUCAGGAUUUCUGCAGACAAACGUGGAUGUUUCGAUAUUUGGGGAUCUAUACCAUGAUUCCGUUGGACCUAUGAUGGGCCUGAGCUCUAUACCCGCCUUUCAUGAUCACACCGCAGGCCAGGUGUUCGACUCAAAUGCGUCAGGGCUUUCAAGCCGGCUAUCGUCCUUGCUUCCGGAACAGUAUCUGUCAAAUGACUUCAACGACAACGUUCGACUGCGUCUCGAACAAGCCCGAACAGAGAUGGCAUCACCAGAACACACCUCCCGACCCGUAGUUCUUACACAAGUCCAACCUCAUCGCAGUCAGUCUCAAGCUCUUGCUUCAUCGCUCACGAUCACAUCUCGUUCUAUCCCUCCUCUCUGGUGUCCAACCAGAUUCCAUCCUCUCAGUACCCGCAAGGGCAUUUUGGAAACCCCCUCCCCGUUCAACCUCACCUUACGAUGCCCACAGAUCUUCCAGGCCUUCGUGAAUUCCGUGCUGGAAGCAGGAUGGAACUGCAUGAAACAAGCACUUUCGACAAUCGCGCAGCAUACACCCUCAGCGAUCACCCGUUACCUACUCUCCCCGAUCACAGUGCAGGUCCGAUCUCGGGUGGGAUAGCCAAUUAUAGGAAAGUUGACAGAAGCGAAUGUAGUUCGAUCGGCUUAUACAUGCAGUCAGUCGCUGCCUGCCAAAAAAUUCCUGCCGUUACUCCGCGAGCCUCAUCCGCUGAACCACUUGUCUCG